AUGGCAGCGUGGACCCGAGAGUUGCGGCCACUUGCCGAGCAGCUCUGCGUACAUGUUAACAGCAGCCGCCAGGGAAACGCAGUGGAUCGUCUGCCACUCUCACAGGAGGAGCUGUGUGUACGCGUCAACCGCGUCGUGGGGCUCCUGGGCUCGCAUUUGUUCGUGGACUGUGUGCCGCAGGACGUCCAGACGCAGACGAGAGCUCUCGCCACCAAGUUCCGCGUCCAUUCGCUGGACGAUCGAGCUGAAAAACUCUUGCAAUUGGCCCAAGGAUGUGACUACCAAGUGCUGAAGCUUUUGCUGGAGCUAGCGACGUCUCCCACGAGCGCAACAGACGAAGAAGCGGCAGUGGAUCAGGACUCGCAGAUGGAGUGGAACGCUGUGCUACAGCAAGAAAAACUGAGACAAGAAAAGCAGAAAAGGAUGGAAGCACAGAUUCGUGAGGAGCUGUACCAGAUUGCUGCUCAUGGCGAGUGGUACCAAGCCUGGGACAACAGUGAGGAUGAGAGUAAUGGCGAAAUGAACAGCGAUGAUGAUUGGGCUGCAAUGGACAGUGAACGUGUUGCUAGAACGGCUCAAUGCAGUGCUAAAAGCUUGAGAGAAGAUGUAGAAGACCAGGAUUGUAUGAAGCAGAAUGACGCUGCAAGCACGUCGCUCGACCCUGCGGGGAGUGAUGCAGCAGUGGAUGAACGAGAACAACUAGAAGAUUUGGAAGAAGAUGCGGCACUCCUGGACGAAAUUUUGUGUCGUUACCAUCCUGAGGUUACACUUCAGGAUGUGAGAAUGGUGGCAGGUGACCCAACGUGCGAGUUGGACACGAGAGCGCCAGUCUCAUUUACAUUGGAACGGCCAUGGCUGUUGUGUGAAGCGGUAGUAAAAAGUGCAAGCAGCCGCAGACCAGCCGCAAGUGAGUUCUUACCUCGCAGACUGAUUCACGAGAAAUCUGCGGUGAAUAUGGUGUUCGAGGCGCUGCACGGAGUUGACUCGCUUUUGUUUGAAUUUUGUCCGAUCACACCUGUACCGACAAUUUUCAGCAUUGACUUUCGAGCCAAGGCGGUAAAAAGAUCGCAAAGAUCGUUGGACACGGCCGUGGGUCACCUGUCUCCCUUGGCUUUUCACAACAUACUGGAUAGUUUUGCACAAGCAGCGUCCGAGUUACAAUUGCUUCGAGAUUUUCUCGAGUUCAUGCGCCAAGCAGAAGGUUCAAAAGAGCAUCAUCGCUGCUUGACCUUGGAAGGACUAGCCAAUUCGCUGUCGGAAGUUAUGCGAAGCAUAAGCAGAUCCAUCCACACUGUUGAGCACCAAAUCAAUGAUGCAGCUGGGGAAGCAGCAAACGACCCUCGUCCGUGGUGUGGAAUCAACACACGACAGCCUACUUUACUUGGAAUAUUCGGUGGUCUCAAGGAGAUUUUUGGAACAGUUUCGUGGUUAAGGCGGAUAUUGGCGGAAUCAUUUGAAGCUCUAUCAGGUCGACAUUGGUACGAAGUGAAGCGCGCUGAACAAGCCAAGCGUGUGCUCGAUUCGCUAUAUCAUGCGAUGGAGGUCGAACAUGUUGUAGGCGUGAUAGGUGCUGCAAGUCCGAGUGCGACAUGUCGCUUAGUACGGUCUGAUGUACUAUUGCACCUAUUUUGCGGGGCGCUGAGUCCUUAUUUGGCGGUGAUCAAUCAGAUGAUCUUUGAAGUAGGGUGUUGUAAGACAGUUCCUCUGAAUGACGAGUUGUUCUUUGCCACGUCGGCAUGUACGCAGAUCGGAGAGGCUCCAAAACGUGGACAGACUCACAGCUUUCAAGAGGAGCUGCUAGCUCUGGCUCCAUUCAAAUUGAUUCUUAAUCUCGUCCCGGCAUUUCUUGAAUCGAAAACAGAUGUGAUGAACGAAGCAUUGGCAAGCCGACAAAUGCUAAACAGCUUUUUGCAUCAGAGUUCAACAAAAGUGGCGCUCACAAAAGCUAAGCAAACUCGAUUGCCUUUGCACGAUUUGCGAACAACCGAACUCAGGACGAUGGGAAGCAAACGUGACGGUGACAUUUUGUCGCUGACUGCAGCUUCGGCAGCAAACAAUGAAAGCGCCCCGACGUUCUCAGAACAAACAUCGCUGGAGAGCGUGCCAUUUAAAAGUCUUAUGGAACUUUGUGUCACUAGGCAUCUUGAGACGAAGUGUCGCGAACUCAACAGUGAGGUUACUGGCAUCUUUCGAAGUGAAUUGAACUACAUGGAGCACGUGGAAGCUCUUCGGAUGUUCGUGCUCAUGGAACGGCAAGACUUCUUUAGCAUUUUCAGCAAACAAAUGGUGUCUCACAUGCAGCGAAAUCCGAUUGCGUGGGCUGACAGUGACGUGAUCAGCUCCUUUCACCAGAGCGCAGUCCAAGAAGUUUGCGAAGAUAAGUCGCUGUCAUCGUUGCAGCGGCAAAUUGGUAGUCGGCUGUGCGUUCGCGUCGACUUCAGCUUAUUGGAUUGUUCUACCAGUGGCGCAAGCAUUGAUAUUGUGACAAUGAAUUGCGUGCGCUUCGCAUUUUCGGUGCAACAGCCUCUUCGUGUUCUUUUCAGCACAUCGAUCAUGCAUAAAUACUCGAGACUCGGAGUGUUGUUGGUCCAAGUGAAGGCAGUGGAGUCCGCCUUGGUCAAGUUCAAAUCAGCACUUCGGCAUCGUCGCUGCUACUCACUAAUUGAGAAUGACAUGCAACAACUGCUCCUACGAAUUGCAGAUAUGUUGCACUACACGCAGAGUUUACUAAAUUAUCUCACUAGUCAGAUAUCAUGUUCGAAAUGGCUAGAGUACCGUCACAUUCUUCGAUCGUCAAGCAGCUUGGCAGAGAUGAAUGCUACACACGAAGAGUACCUGGACUACCUGCUAAACCGCUUCUUUUUACUGGAGAAGCAUGCGAGCGUGACUCGGUAUAUCCUGACAACCUUCAACCAUAUACUACGCUUCGUUGGUCAAGCUGAAGAGUUUGUGUGCGCGGUCGACCGGAACGUGCACGCUUAUUUUCCCAGUGGCCAGAAUGAAGACUUGGACAAGCUGGAACCUACGAUACGGAUUCGUGAGGCAUCACGGGUCCGAAUACUUGACCACCCAGACUUUCGCAUACUUUACUCCGGAAUGAUGCGGUGCUCAAGUGAGUUCAAGCGGCAAUCACAUAUUUUAGUGGUGAUGCUGACAGCUAUGCAAAAGCACGGCGCGUCUCCUCACGUCAACGAAAUCGUGACUCAGCUCAACUACAACUACUUCUACCACCAGCAAGAACAGACUCGAAAGCAGAGCCGACAUUAG